AACGUCAAACAGUUUGUUUGGGUCGCCGUCCCUCAUCGUCGCAUUCAACAUACGCUCGAAUGAGUUUUGUCUCAUCAUUUAGUGAUAAGAGACCAAUAGUGCGGACAGUGCCAAGAUAAACAAUACCACAAAGCCACAGAGUCCGAAACAGUGGCGUAAAAUUUAUGGGUUUACUUUCAUUCGUCCUUCACCCUCGUUUGGAUGUGUGCAGAAAAUUCGUACCGUGCGACCAAUGAUAAGAGAGCGGAAUAGAUUGCAGCGAGGUGUUUGCAAGAUAUAGCUCAUCAGUGUGUGACCUUCUCUCGUAGCGACAAGUUCAGCGCCAUUUACUGCUACGGCCGGGCGCAGCGUCCAUUCCACUUCGAUCAGCUGUGACAAUCAUUUGUUGUUGCCCUUUCGGAUCGUCCAUAUUCGUUUGGUACAUUAAUCCACAAUGUUCCUGCGUGGUGCGUUCCGCGCUCUUGCCCUGAAUCGAAAUCUCACCCCAAUCGCCGUACGUACCUUUGCCUCCAAGCAGCGUGAAGUGCCGGCCCUUACCUGUGAUCGUUACCCCGUCCAGCGAGGAUCGUUUGCUGAGCUAACCGAUGAUGAUGUGGCCGUGUUUCGUGGCAUCCUCGGUGGUGCAGACACGAGUCGCGUUCUUACAGCAGCCGACGAAGUGCAGGACUACAACAUCGACUAUCUGCGUAGCGUGCGUGGCUAUGGACGGGUCGUUCUGAAACCACGAACCACGGCCGAAGUGGCUGAGCUGUUGCGCUACUGCAACGAACGGCGGUUGGCCGUUUGUCCACAGGGCGGAAAUACGGGCCUGGUCGGUGGAUCGGUGCCAGUGUUUGAUGAAGUCGUCCUCUCACUCCAACUGAUGGACACGAUCGAGCGUAUCGAUGAGUACUCAGGCAUUGUGGUCUGCCAGGCGGGAUGUGUGCUGGCGACGCUGGAAGAGCAAGUCGGUGCUCGGGGCCUGGUUAUGCCGCUGGACCUUGGUGCCAAGGGAUCGUGCCAUAUUGGAGGCAACGUGUCGACAAACGCCGGUGGAUUGCGCUUGGUACGGUACGGCAAUUUGCAUGGCUCAGUGCUAGGCGUGGAAGCGGUAACGGCCGAGGGACGUGUCCUUGAUCUGAUGUCUAACUUCAAGAAGGAUAAUACCGGAUAUCAUCUAAAACAUCUUUUUAUCGGAUCGGAGGGUACGCUCGGCAUCAUCACCCGGCUGUCCAUGUUCUGUCCCACCGCUUCUCGUUCCGUCAACAUCGCCUUUCUGGGGCUGCACAGCUACGACGAUGUAAAGCGCACCUUCCUGGCCGCCAAACGUGGCCUCGGCGAGGUUCUCUCGUCGUGCGAAAUGAUCGAUGCUGCAUCGUUGGACAGUUGUACACGAUUUUUCGGACUACAGUCACCGAUCGAUAAGUAUCCCUUCUACAUGCUAAUCGAAACGUCAGGGAGCGAUGCAGGACACGACGAAGAAAAGCUUGCCCGCUUUCUGGAGCAGACAAUGGAACAGGGCCUGGUGCAGGAUGGCACGGUUACGAAUGACUCGACCAAAAUGAAGAACAUUUGGAAACUACGCGAACAGAUUGCGGACAGUUUGCUGAGUGAUGGCUAUUGCUUCAAGUACGAUAUUUCGCUGCCCUUAGACCAGUUCUACGAUAUCGUGCUAGCGGUCCGUGAGCGUGUUGGCGAUCUGGCCAUAAACGUUACCGGAUACGGACACAUUGGCGAUUCGAACCUGCACCUCAACGUGUCCUGUGCACGCUUUACACCGGAAAUUUACGGUCUGCUGGAACCGUUCGUGUACGAAUACACUUCCAAGCUGCGCGGAAGCGUUAGCGCAGAGCAUGGGAUCGGAUUUCUCAAGCGCAAGUACCUGCACUACUCGAAACAAACGGAACCGCUCCGAUUGAUGCGUCAGAUGAAGCAACUGCUCGAUCCGAACGGCAUUCUAAACCCGUACAAGGUGCUUCCCCCUGAAAUGCCAGACCAGUCACGAUAGAACGUUAGGAGGUUGUUUUGUACGAGGACGCACUAAUGCCAUAUUACUCUUUAAAAUUGACUAAAAUGUCUUCCAAAUUUAGUUUCAUUAGGUAUCGUUCGAGAUGGCAUGCAUUAGUAGAUGAGCUGACGGGUAAAAUAUUUUAUACGAAAUAUACAUUUUCAUAAUAUAUGAGUUGCACUACGUUCGGUGUAAUAGAAUGGAAAAAGGG